AUGGCAACCCCCCAGCCCACCGUCCAGCAGAUCACCGACCUCCUCUCCUACAUCCGAGCCAUGAGCGCCCACGCCGCAACCCCGCUCCCCAGCGAGGUGCCAUUAAAGAUCAGCUAUGCGCGCUACGACGCCGCCCAGGAGCCGAAGCAGCUCGAGGCCAUCCGGCAGCUUAUCUCUAGCGACCUGUCGGAGCCGUACAGCAUCUAUGUGUAUAGAUACUUCUUGUACCAGUGGGGGAACCUGUGCUACAUGGCGAUGGACGGCGAGCAGAUAAUCGGUGUUGUAGUAUCGAAGCUCGAAGAGCACCGUAACGGUGUGAUGCGUGGAUACAUUGCUAUGUUAGCGGUCAAAGAGCAAUACCGGGGCAAAGGAAUCGCCACCAAACUCGUCCAAAUGGCCAUCGACGCCAUGAUCUUUGGCGACGCCGACGAAGUGGCGCUAGAGACCGAGAUCACAAACACGGCCGCGAUCAAGCUAUACGAGCGCCUGGGCUUCCUGCGCAGCAAGCGCCUGCACAGAUACUACCUCAACGGCAACUCGGCCUUCCGCCUGCUGCUGCCGCUGAAGAGUCAGGGCCUGCUGCAUGAGCAUGAGGAGCAUGAGUGCGGUGAGGACGACGGGCAUGAUCAUGGGCAUGAUCAUGGACAUGGACAUGAUCACGGCGGGGAGGAGUGUGGUGGGCAUGGCGGACAUGGGCAUGGGCAUUGA